CAACUGAAAUAUCCAAUACAUUGACAUUUUUUAAGGUAUCAUAUGCAGCCUUAACUUCAUCUUCCAUAUCAAGAUCAGUCAGGUUGUCAGCUACGACGCCACUGCCAGCUUUUGUAUUUUUCAUUGCAGUCAUCGUGCGUAGUUGUUCAUGCUGUUUGCGGAAGUUACGUAAAUAAUUACAUCUUUCAGCUAACUUCCAAUGGGCUGCAUUAAUCUUAAUUGGUAAGAACUUUUCUGAACGCUUUCGUGUUACUUCACGCGCCACGUUUGUAAAUUCUUUGAGUACAUCAUCCCAGACUCUGAAAGCGGAAUCUGCAGCAUUGAUAGAGCGUUCAAAACUUUCAUAUUCCAUAUACAUCAGUCUAUGGGAUUGAAGAAUUCUAAGCAUUUGAUCAUUAAAGUCCUUCGAAAUGGCUUCUACUAAAGGUAAUGCACGUCUAAUUGGGUAUGGUGAUAAUUUGAGCUUUUUAUUGAUAUGUCCAAAUAUGAGAUAUAAACUGUCUUGAACUUUAUCGAAAUCGGUCGCAGAUAAGAGUUCAUCUAGAGGGAAAUCUUUCAUGAGUUGAUUAUAUUUGUGUACAACGUCAGUCGCUUCUUUCAAACCGGUAUCAGCGAUGAAUGAGACAGUUGCAUGGAAACGUUUGGCAUACUUAAGGAUUUCAAGAGUGAGCAUGAUUGGUUCAGACUUCAGCUGUUCUUCAAUACUCUCGAGUGCUCUCUCCAUACUUAACCAGAAGUUAAUUUCCUGUGAUGCAGUACCACUAGCGACAUCCCUGUUUAACUUGGUAACAUUUCUAAUUUCUUUGAUCCAACUAUUGACAUCAUUUUGUAGACGAUUGAGGAAUGUGCUAUCAUUGAGAAGUGAUUGCGGUUGAACAUCAGAUGGUGCGGGUCUCGUCCCAGCGUUAUGUGCCAUAGUGACAGCAUCCCUGACAGCAGAAUGAAUAACAAGAUGUGUUUCAGGUAUUUCAACAUUUUGUUGUAAAUGGAGUAAAGACAACUCUAAUUCUGCAAACUUCUUCUUUGUCAUUGGAAUACCCAAUUUCGCAUCUGAGUCUUUCGAUUUGUUGAUAUCGCCACCUUUUCCUUUCGCAUUAACAAAAGCAUCAAAGUAUGGUGCAGCUGCGAGAUGCACAAGCGCGUGCAAUACUUCAUAGCCGCCAUCUGCAAGAUUGAGAAUGACGAGUUGAGAAGAGAGGGGAUCUACGGGCGAGAGAGUGGGGAAUCUCUUCAACAUAAAUACAGUAGAAACUAAAUUUGGGGGGUGCGUCAACGUGUGUGUCAGAUUGUAAGUAAAUCUCGGUGGAUCAUCGUCUGUCCGUAGUUGUUGGAUAUAAAGACCCAUGAGAGAUUGGUCAUUGGCAAAUCUAAGGAUAUCUUCUUCUGUAUUUUCAUUCCAUAACGUGAUUAGAUCGCUCGUAUCUGCAUUCAAUAAUUUUGGUAGGAGAUCCUGGAGAUAGAGCUUAAAAGAGUGCGCGUCUAAACCCUCAUCUAUCGGUUCUGUAGCUGGCGGUGGCUCUGGGUUUAUUUGCAACGCGUCAGCGACUGACAUCUCUGAUAUCCUGGUCGUUGCAAUUCAAGGGUAUCUUAUUCAAUAACAACGAUGAGCAAACCGGUAGAAAAGAAAGUAUUAGCUGUAUGCCUCGGAAAUAUCUGUAGAUCUCCAAUGGCUGAGGGAGUUCUUACUCAUUUGAAAGACCAGAACAACCUUCCUAUCUAUGUUGAGUCAGCUGGUACUGCCGCCUACCACGAAGGUGAAUAUGCUGAUGACAGAACUAUUGCUACACUCCAAAAGCAUGGUAUUCCUAUGAAUUCACUUGCUAGAAAAGUCAGACAAAACGAUUUCCAAGAGUUUGACUAUAUUCUAGCGAUGGAUGGUAGCAACCUCUCUAAUUUACUUAGAAUUGCGCCAAAGAACUGUAAAGCUGAUAUCAAAUUGUUCGGUUCUUAUUUGGAUGGAAAAGCAAUACAGGACCCAUACUAUGGUGGACAAAUGGGAUUCACGAGAACAUAUGAACAAUGUGUGGCUUACGGAAAAGCAUUCUAUGAAUCAAUCGGAUACACUGUAAACUAAAGGAAUAUAUCGUAACGUGAUGUUUACAAAAUUAAAAUAGAAGAAUAAGAUAGAAAAGUAAAGUUAGAAACUAAAACAUGGAAAGAUAUUUUUAUGCAGUUGAUUUAAAUGCAAUUGAUUAAUGCUUUGAUAUUGUAUUAAGCAAAAUAGCAUUCACCUAAGAACAAAGAGCUCAACUCUGAUAGCUGCUCUUCAUUAAACUUGUGUAUGUUUUCAGACCAACUGUCUUGAUGAGUACGUCUCCAAUCUUGAGCUGUCUUUCUGAUUGUAGAGCUAAUGACAGUAUCUGAGUUUGAAACGUGUUCAGCUAAUACCCCUGCGAGUAAUUCCGGCAUCCACGAUGGUACAUCAUAAGGGAAAGCAUUGAUUAGAGCGCAUAUACCCAAAAUACCUGAGUGUAGCUUUAACACUGCAGGUGCAUAAUUUGGAUUGACGUCUCCAUUUUCCAAUCUACGUCUUGGUAACACUGAGUUUGCAGAUACUGUCUCCGUGAAACGCUUCUUAAGGUCAAGUGUGAAUGACCUCUGUGAACAUCUAACUAAUCCUGAGAGUGUCUCAGCUGCAGCCUCUCUAACUUCGAUAUUCUGAUCUCUAAGCAAUUUGUAAAGCUCUUCCAUAACCCCGAGAAUUGUUG